UUGAAGCCCGCGGUCUGGACAGUGAAGUUGGCUGAGUCAAGGAAAAGGAAGAUUUAAGAGAGAGAGAGAGAGAGAAAAGCAACGCGCGCACACAUACACGCAAACAUAUUCCUAGAACAUCUAAAUGUCAAUGUUAGGCCGUCUUAGUCAUUUACAGGUUGGUGGCUCCGAACGGUUUAAGGGGUAUAGGACUUUGGGCUAGAUUGUGGGCUGUUACUGGAGCUAACUCAGGGCAAACCCUUGGACUAGUUAAAGGGAACUCUCUCUCUCUUUUACACACACACACACAGACAGACACACGCACACACAACAUACACAGGUUGGCAAUCCAUCGCUUCUGUGUGGACAAAUAUUUACCUAUUUGUUUGGAUUGCUUAUAAUUCUCUCCACUUAGCUGCAGUCAGCCUACGAUUUUAACUGGGGAUUCAGAGAAUGCGUGUUUGUGGCUUGAACCUCUGAACAAAGUGGUUUCUCAAAGGGUCUUCUCCGUUUAUCACACGCGCCGGUGGGAAAAAUAGAGAGAGACAGACGGAGGAGAGAAAACAGUUUCCGAAAUUUUGUAUUUACGAAAACAAAAGUGGGAUUACCUUUUCCACCAGCCGCACCGCACCCCCACCCCCCAUCCCCCAGGGCAUUCCCCCAAUCCAGCUUCUUGAACCUAAAACCUGUUUCUUCCGACUUCCAUUCGGAGAUUUCACCUCAAAGAUGUCUCCUCUGACUUCAAGAGUGUUAUACAUAUGCCUGAAUUUACUGACUCUGUAUUCCCAAGUCCAGGAAUCGAAGCAGACCACAGAGCACUUCAGGACCUACGUGGAGAACCAUACCAAACAUUCAGAUGACCUGAGUCGGAAGCAGAUCCGAAUCUACCAGCUUUACAGCAGGACCAGUGGCAAACACGUCCAGGUGCUGGCCAAAAAGAUCAAUGCCAAUGGGGAGGAUGGUGGCAAAUACGCUCUUCUUGUCGUGGAAACGGAUACAUUCGGCAGCCACGUGAGAAUUAAGGGCAAAGAGACAAAUCAUUACAUCUGCAUGAGCAAGCGAGGGAAGAUUCUGGGCAAGCUCAAUGGGAAGAGCCGGGAGUGUGUGUUUGUGGAAGAGGUCCUAGAAAAUAACUACACCGCUCUGAUGUCUGCCAAGUACAAGGGCUGGUACCUAGGCUUCACCAGGAAAGGACGGCCCAGAAAAGGAUCAAAAACCGAGCAGAACCAGAGGGAGGCCCAUUUCAUGAAAAGACCCCCCAAAGACAAAGGGGAGCACCAUAGACCUUUCAAAUACACCACAGUCACUAAAAGGACUAAACGAGCUCGUCACCACAAGACCAGCUAGGACCUGGGGGACCUCUAUCAGCCUGCUGGCUGCCUCGGAUAAAUAUUUGUGUUUGGGGUUUUUUUUUGAAAACUAAAGAUACUUUAUUUUUAUACUCAUGAA